GCGGCGGAAGCAGCGAGGGCGGCGGGCGUCCGGCUGCGAGCGCGGCGGCUCCGUGCUGGGCCGGCCAGGGGCGGCUCCGGGCGGCGGCGCAGCCGAGCGCUCGGUCCUGCGGCUCCAGCCCGCGGCCCCCGUCCCGACGCCUGCGCCGCUCACUCGGCGUCCCGGCUCGGACCCCGGCGCCCAGCCCGUGGCCGUAACCUUGAGGCGGCGGCGGGGCCGGGCCGGGCCGGGCUGGGGGGCGGCGGCGCUGGAUCCGAGGCCGGCCGGCCGCUGGCGGGAGAUGUCGAACCCCGGGACGCGUAGGAACGGCUCCAGCAUCAAGAUCCGUCUGACAGUGUUAUGUGCCAAGAACCUUGCGAAGAAAGACUUCUUCAGACUCCCUGACCCCUUUGCCAAGAUUGUUGUGGAUGGCUCUGGGCAGUGCCACUCAACUGACACUGUGAAAAACACCCUGGACCCAAAGUGGAACCAGCAUUAUGACCUGUACGUUGGGAAAACCGACUCUAUAACUAUCAGUGUGUGGAACCACAAGAAGAUCCACAAGAAGCAGGGGGCUGGCUUCCUGGGCUGUGUGCGGCUGCUCUCCAAUGCCAUCAGCAGACUGAAAGACACUGGCUACCAGCGUUUGGAUCUAUGCAAACUAAAUCCCUCAGAUACUGAUGCGGUUCGUGGCCAAAUAGUGGUCAGUUUACAGACCCGAGACCGAAUAGGCAGUGGAGGGUCGGUGGUGGACUGCAGGGGACUGCUAGAAAAUGAAGGAACAGUGUAUGAAGACUCGGGCCCUGGAAGGCCGCUCAGCUGCCUUAUGGAGGAGCCUGCCCCCUAUACAGACGGGACUGGUGCAGCUGCGGGAGCGGGGAACUGCAGGUUUGUGGAGUCUCCAAGCCAAGAUCAGAGACUCCAGGUACAGCGACUUCGAAAUCCUGAGGUUCGAGGGUCCCUACAGACACCCCAGAACCGACCACAUGGCCACCAGUCCCCAGAGCUGCCUGAAGGCUAUGAGCAAAGGACGACAGUACAGGGACAAGUUUACUUUUUGCACACGCAGACUGGAGUCAGCACGUGGCAUGACCCCAGGAUCCCCAGUCCCUUGGGGACCAUUCCGGGGGGAGAUGAAGCUUUUCUAUACGAAUUCCUUCUACAAGGCCAUACAUCCGAGCCCAGAGACCUUAACAGUGUGAACUGCGAUGAACUUGGGCCGCUGCCUCCAGGCUGGGAAGUCAGAAGUACAGUGUCGGGAAGAAUCUAUUUUGUAGAUCACAAUAAUAGAACAACCCAGUUUACAGACCCACGGCUUCACCACAUCAUGACCCACCAGUGCCAACUCAAGGAGCCCAGCCAGCCUCUGCAGUUGCCCAGCGAGGGCUCCAUGGAGGACGAGGAGCUUCCUGCCCAGAGAUAUGAGAGAGAUUUAGUCCAGAAGCUCAAAGUUCUCAGACAUGAGCUCUCUCUUCAGCAGCCCCAAGCUGGUCAUUGUCGAAUAGAAGUUUCCAGAGAAGAAAUAUUUGAGGAGUCUUAUCGGCAGAUCAUGAAGAUGCGGCCGAAAGACCUGAAGAAGCGCCUCAUGGUGAAGUUCCGAGGGGAGGAAGGUCUGGACUACGGCGGAGUGGCACGUGACUCUGGUCCAUUGUCCUUUUCCAGCUUUAACCGGAUCGACAUCCCACCCUAUGAGUCCUAUGAGAAGCUCUAUGAGAAGCUGCUGACAGCAGUCGAGGAGACCUGUGGCUUUGCUGUGGAGUGAAGAGUGGCCAGUGGCAGCAGAGUCUUACAACCACCAGACCCAAAGCAUAUGGCGUCUGCACGCCUCCCGCUUGGCGGGCUGAGGCCUGAGAUUCCAGAAACCCGAGGGAAAAGGCUCGUCUCCCCCCUCCUUUGGGGAGGGCAAGCCAGGGGACUUUAAUAGGUGGCUCCCACCCAUUUAUCCCUCCUUUAUUAUAGUCCGCCCACCCUUCCAUCACCCAUCCAAUAAAACGCAGCCAGGUUUCGCCCUCGGCCCCCUUGGCAUAGCGGGCAUGGUCAGGGCCAAGCUGGGCCCUGAGGGUUUGCAUGGUUUCUGUACCAGCUCUCCCCUCUCACAGUGUAGGCUCAAGGCCCUUUUCAAGUUCAGCAGCUGCCGACAGCUUACUAAGCUCAAAUUCCAGACAUCCAGCUAGUAGCCUGUUCCAGAUAGCAGGUGGAUUUCUAAGCAGGAAAUAACUGCACAGCGUAUGUUUGCUGGAAUUACACCAAGGCAAGAAGCUCGAGGCAGAAUGUGUUUCCCCCUUUAAGAGGUAAAGGAAUUGGAGCAGCCUUCACUGGAGGCCCAGGGAUUUCUUUUCAGGGUAUCUUGGCCGAAAAGAUGGUUUUGCACAGGGGGGAAAUCUUUAAAAGUCCCAUCUGCUGUGUUCUCUACCCAGUUUGAAAUUCUCACACGUUAUGGAGCUAAUCAAAGAAUGACCAAAACCAGGCUCAGAUCCCCCCCAGGUCCAGCUCGACUCCUGUGCCAGGGACCAGAGGCUCCUGACUGUCUUGAUAUGCUAAUGGACUUUCACAUGGGGAUUCUAGGAGCUAAACUAACACUGUUGUCACCACAGCCACUGGAUGGGACAGCAGGAGAGGCCGCUGACCUGGGGUCCCCUGAUGCAGCUCCCCAGGAUUGGUGCUAUGCACAAAGCAGGGUGUGAUGAAGCCUGUGGUAACAGGGUGGGGGCUCUACCUCCCUACAUGGCCCUCUUCCCCAGUGGCAAUGGUGAUGCUAACAGUUCUACUUAAUUUGCUUGCUCAGUCUUCAUCUUCUGAUGAGCAAGGCCAAAGCCAGCCUAACGCCGUGUCUUUAACACCAUUUCCAAUUUGCACAAGUGUUCGGAAGCAGUGACUCUUUCAACAGAGGGGCUGGAUUCAGGCAGCUGAACUCUGGUGGAAGGCAGAGCAGCAGCCGAUAGUCCAUGUGUGGUUUGUCAUUUUUGUUUGUGGUGGGGGCAAGAACAGGGUAAUUCAUUAGCAAGACAUUUCAUUGGUACCGGGGUUCAGGUUCAGCCAUGAGUUCAAGUUGUGUGCGGGGUGAUGGGGAAGGUCCUGUUGGACCACUUGGCUUUUGUGUUCUUUUCAUUGCUUACCCUCAGGCUAGGGAAGGCAAGUGUCUUCCUUCUUUCCCUGCUGCUUCUGUCCAGCUUGCUCUGGAAGCAGUUCCCAAGUGACUGGACAGGUCAUACACACCCUACCCCAAGAGGUUUACCCAGCUUGGUGGCCACUGGUACUGCAGAGUGUGAGUCAGCUAAACUCUAGGGUCUGCAGUUUGGGGACAGAAAGGAUGCUUGGUAGACCUCACUGCACAAAAACGGAAUCCGUCCCACCAUCCAGGCCAGAUUGGGGCCUUAUCAGUCUCUCAAUUUUCUGCCUUGCCCCAGUAGGGCUUCUGUAUUUCAUCUACCUUAAUGCUUCCGAGGGUGUUCUAAAACCCAGCUCCCUUGUGACUUGGAGCAUUUAAAAGUGUGAGGAAGCCUGUGCCCUUAGUGGCAGCCAGUCCAUGGGAACCAGCCAGACCCCGCAGAGUGACGUUCUCUGGAGACUGGAAACCCUGCUUGUUGCUGUGGUACUGUGCCAGUCUGCAGCGAUGAAGGAAACCAGGGUCCGGUGCUUUGGAGAUAUGCUGCAGGAGUGUUGAGUUGGAGUGAUGGGGGACAAGCCUUAGGAGUCCCGUGUCAGGUGUCCUUUGAGGAAGAUCCAAGGUUGGGCCUUUGGGCUGACUGUGGUAGUAGGCACAUAGACCACCCACUAAGGCUUCUAAGUCUCUCCGCUUGCAUUGCCUGUGGGUUCUCCCCUUUGCCAGUUCUGAGUGUCACAGCCUCCCCCAGGUGCAUCUGUCUGCACAGAGCCGUCCUUUGUUGGUACCGCUGCACUUCCUUGUCUGUCUACCAUGGUUAGGCCCUUCAGAAGCUCCUCAAAGAACACUGCGUGGCCAGCCCAUGGCAGAGCUUCUAUUGCCCUGCUUUGGGUCUGGAUGAAGCCCUUUCAUAUAAGAUCUCGAUUGUCACCCCUCCUGGUGGCCCCAGACGACCCACCGUCGCCAUGUCACCCAGAUGCUUCAGGAGCCCAGCUCUCCAGGCUCCCCUCACCAGCGGCCAGCAGCCACACUCAGGGAUGCAGCGAACACCACUCUGCUCCACAGUGCUUCAGAAGUGCCAGGCAGCAGCGACGGGGUGGCAGUGGGUCACAGUCUCUUGCUUUCUGUUAGGAGAAUCUGCCACAAGAUGGGAUGCUGACCCCUAUACUGGCUUGGCCUCACGGUCAAGUUCAGGAUGGGUGGACCCUGGACUGACCUUCCGCAGAGAAAACACCCCAUCCUACUGCAGCCAGGUGGGGGCCACAUGGCAGCCUUCUGAAACAGUGUGGAUUUUUAAAUGUGUUUGUAAUGUACUCUAAUUUAUUUUGUGAGGUCCUGUUUGAAGUGCUGCCGCUACCCUCGCGCUCUCUGUUUGUAUUGCCCAUUUCCCUGUGACAGUUGUACACUAAUGUUCUGUUUUAUGUCAGAAUUGAAAGUAUUUAAAGAAAAGCUAGUUCUAUUUAAUGCAGUUGUGGAACCAGCUGGAAACACAAAACAUUGACUGUAGAGCAGGCUGGACCCGGGAGGUCAGGUUCAUUUUGUUACAUAUGCAAUAAACUCACGACUUUACUUUUU